AUGGCUCCUUCAUCCCGACACAACCUGGGACAGGUUGUGGAAUAUAUUCCAGAUCGCUUGUAUCUGGCAUCUUACAUUCAGCCUCCGACACCCGACACCCUCUUCCCGUACCCCGAGACUUCCACCCGAAGCUCUCCGAGCAAGCGGUCAUCCAGAGCAAUUGAAGGGCCGUCUGCGGUCUCGUCAAAGUCUAGCCGCGAGCCUCCUUGCUAUUUCACCGUCGAAGACCAGCUCUUCUACAAUGCCUUCCAUCACGACUUCGGUCCGUUCCACGUCGGCCAUCUGUACCGCUUCGCUCUCCUAUUCCACGAUGUCUUGGGCGCGAAGGAGAACCAACACAGACCUAUCGUAUUCUGGAGUCGCGCUGACCCGAGAAGUCGGGCAAACGCUGCUUGCCUGCUCGCCUGCUACAUGGUUCUGAUUCAGUCCUGGCCGCCCCAUCUCGCCCUGGCCCCCAUCGCCCAGGUCGACCCCCCUCUGAUGCCCUUCCGUGAUGCUGGCUACAGUCAGGCAGAUUACGGCAUUACUGUGCAAGACGUCGUGUAUGGUGUUUGGAAGGCUAAGGAAGAGGGUUGCUGCGCGUUGGAUAAUUUUGACCUGGAUGAGUACGAGCGAUAUGAAAGAGUUGAACAUGGAGACUUCAACUGGGUUACUCCGGACUUCCUGGCUUUUGCAUCCCCCCAGCACAGUCCCGUUGCGCCCCUCGCUCCUGGUUCUGAUGCAUAUGCCAUGCUACCGAAGACUCUGGACGCAGUCGAAGCACAUCCCACUCUCCCCCAACCAUUCAAGAAUGUGCUUAGCCACUUUUCGGAGCGAAACAUUGGUCUCGUUGUCAGACUCAACUCCCCCUUAUACUCACCAUCCCACUUCGAGGCACUGGGAAUUCAACAUCUGGAUAUGAUUUUCGAAGACGGCACCUGCCCGCCGCUGACUACCGUUCGCAAGUUCAUCCGACUUGCGCACGAGACCAUCACGAUCAAGAAGAAGGGUAUCGCUGUUCACUGUAAGGCCGGCCUUGGUCGAACAGGAUGCCUCAUUGGAGCUUACUUGAUUUACCGCCACGGCUUUACCGCCAACGAGGUUAUCGCUUUCAUGAGAUUCAUGCGUCCCGGCAUGGUGGUUGGUCCCCAGCAGCACUGGCUGCACCUCAAUCAGGGCAUUUUCCGGGAAUGGUGGAUCGAGGAGCGAAUCGAGCGCAAGUUGAGAAAGGAGAUGGUUGCCAAUGCAGCGGCCCCAAGCACACCCAUCCGGGCCAUGCAGAAGGCAUCCUUAACCCGAACAAACUCCACGCCUCCUCCCAAAGCCGCAUCGAGCCGCACGCCGCUGAGCGAGGUAGAACAGGAGCGCAAUAAUAUUGGUGUUCAAGAUGAAUAUCUCCCUGCACCGACACCUGGGCAGCCACGGAAGGCUAGCCGGAUGGAUCGUCAUCAUCCCUACCAACGCAAUACCAUCAACCAGACAGUCGAGGAAGAACAAGGGCCAGAGCAGGAGACCGAAGUGAUCUCCGUCCGUCGACAGUCCAACGGCGCAGAGUCUGAGGAGGAGAUCCACCUCCGCAUGCGCAGCCACCGCAAGCCGUCGCAGUCGCCAGGUCGAAGUGAAAAAUCUAGGUCGAUUAGCCACACCACUACGACUACGACGGUCUACGAAGUGAUCAACAACGACGCCUCCAAUGAUGCCGAGAAUAUCGGCAGCAGACGGCCCAAGAACAUUAUGGACCACCUCAGCUCGUCGCCCGUCCGUAGUGCGAGCGCUUCCGGUGUUCUGACCAAGGUGCGUGGCAGCAAACGGUCUCCGGACUCGAGUCGAUCCUCGGGAUCCAAUCCGCCAGCCGGCGUCCGCAAGACAUCUGGUCGUGUGGGCAGUGUGACUGCCACGCCUAGCGCCACGUCGUCCACGGCACGCAAGGUGUCAGCGAUAUAG